GCAGAAUUGGCCCAACAGCUCCUCGAUCGGAUCACCUCGUACAACCGAAUUUUUGAUUUCAUCGAAUCUCAAUUGAUUUUUGACGCGCAGUGAAAGGCCCCGCCAUUUGACAAGACGAGUCGCCGCUUAUAGAUCGAAGAGAUCAACGCGUUGCCUUAAGCUUACAGACCCCGCCCCCAGGAAUUAAUCCUAGUUUAUGCUCUUGUUGUUCCAAAAACACUAUUCAGUGCCAUGCACCGGGCUUUUGGAUUUUAGCGGUCGAUUUUCCCUUUCCAGGCUACCCCAUGUCAAUACGAUCAUAGGAGCUUUGCCUACAUGUCGUCAAGGUCGGGUGCUUCUUCUCUCAUUCAUGUCGCACAUGCUUUAUGCCCAGUCGCUUCAUUACUCUUCUGUUCUCCAUCACUUCCAGAUACCCAUUCUUGUCCCCUUUUCGAAGCGAUUCUGGCUUUUGGUACAUGCUAUAUUCCAUUUAUAUCAUCAUCACCACCACCACCAUCAUCAUCAAUUCGAACAUAAAGAUGUCCAGAGAAGAUAUAAAAUUUCAUGAUUUAACUAAGGCAUCUAGAAGCUAUCGACCAUUAAGUGAGCCAGUUGGCUAAAUGUAGAGGCUAUACAAGCGAUAGCCCAAAUCUGCAGGUGUUUACUUGGGAUUUGAACCCAAGUAGUCAAUUCUUGUC